UUCUUCUUUCAAGCCACUUCAUUCUCUUUCGCAACUUUUUCAGCAACAACAACAACCAUGGCUGAUCAUCACCACCACCCAACAAGCCUAUCCCAAACACAAACAACACCACGCACGACAACUUCAUCAUCACUACUCCGAAAACUCCGACACCACGUGGCAAACUCAAACCAGCUCUUCGGCGUCCUGACCCUCCUUAUAACCGGGUCCAUCUUGCUCCUCCUAACGGGCCUCACCAUCGUGGGCUCCGUUUUGGGCCUCAUCCUCUUCGCGCCGCUCAUCAUCGUCACGAGCCCAAUAUGGAUCCCUCUCUGCGCCGUUCUCUUUCUCGUCACCGCAAUGUUCUUGUCCAUGUGCGGGUUCGGUAUUGUGGUUUUGGCUGUGCUGACGUGGAUGUACCGUUACUUCAAGGGUCUCCACCACCCUCCCGGUUCGAACCGGGUGAGCCACGCGCUGAACCGAGUCAAAGACCGUGCGGGGAAUUUGAAUAGUAAGGGGCUGGAUGCUGCUGCACCCGGAGCUUGAUUUGAAUGGAUUGCAAUUUGCAUAUUCGCUAUUGAGAUCCUUUCAAUUUCUUGUGCUUGGUUGCUCCAAAAUUUACAUGCUUUUGUACUUCAAUUAUGAUCUGUGAAACACGAAUAUAAAUAAUGAAAUAUUGCUCUUACAAUUUUCGCCAAAAACAAAAUAUAUUGCUUUUA